AUGGCUUCCCAGAGAAGCGCAUCAGGUGCCUUACCGCCAGAUAAUUCCUUGGCCGGGAAUGGAGAGGGGGAUGAUUCAAAUCUUAUAGUAGAAGAUAGAGACGACGAAGAAGAGGAAGAAAAUGCAGAUGAUGAUUAUGCCGACGAGCAGGAUGAGGAUGAUGAGAUUGAUGAUGAUGACGAAGAUGACGAUGACGAUGAAGUUGGUUUUGAUGUGCAAGUUGAAAUUGAGGACGAUGAAGACGAAGGUGCCACCGCAGUCGAUCAUACUACACGAACAAGAUAUCUUCUACGGGUCUUAGCCGCCCAUCCAGAUGUUCGAAAUAUUAUACGCUUUACCACUGACCUCGACGAGGACGAGCUCGCUUUGUGGCCACGAAGGCGUAGGAGAAGUACAACCGAUCCAAAUAGGUUCCCUAAAGUGCCAAGCAUUGUUGGGGAAGAACUAAUGGCGUCGGGUGAUUUUGGAUCCAAUGAUGCACAAACUCCAGGCAGAGAUGAUCAUAUUAGGGGCCGAAAGCGUUUGGCAAGAAGAAUAUUAGACCGAGAAAUAGCAUCAGGGAACUUUGCAGCCCAGGUGAUAAAUCGGAAAACAAUGGCACAAGAAAUGUUACCAUCUUCGAAUGCCGAUACCAUAAUCAAUUACGAUGAGCCCGUUUAUUCAGGUCAAUUUUCGGAUGACGGCAACUUCUUCUUUGCCGUCACCAAGGAUUUCAAAGUCCGCAUGUAUGAUACAUCCAACCCUUAUAAGUGGCGGUACUAUAAGACUGUAAGCUACCCUUAUGGGCAAUGGACCCUUACUGAUGCUUCACUGAGCCCUGACAACAAAUAUCUCGCUUACACCUCCAUACGUAGCACUGUUUGUCUCGCUCCGACAGAUCCAAAUGAUAUGGGAGAUCCCUAUAAUCUGGAGCUCGGUGAUCCUGCCACUAGUUUCCGAAAUCCUAGGCUCGAUCGGCGAGGGUCAUUUGGUAUUUGGUCGAUUCGAUUUUCUGGUGACGGACGUGAGCUUGUUGCUGGAACCACAGGCGGUUCCAUUGUUGUAUAUGACAUAGAAAGUCGUCGUCCACUUCAUAGGAUAUUUGGGCAUGAUGAAGAUGUCAAUGCAGUAUGUUUUGCCGACAAGUCAUCGCCUCACAUUCUUUACUCUGGAUCAGAUGAUACAACUAUCAAGGUGUGGGAUACCAGGAGUAUGGGCGAUAGUCGAGAAGCGGGUGCAUUUAUUGGUCAUAUUGAGGGGUUAACGUAUCUCGAUAGCAAAGGAGACGGUCGCUAUAUCCUCAGCAAUGGUAAGGACCAGAGCAUGAAGCUAUGGGACUUGCGUAUGGUCAUGAGUUCGGCUCAAUUUUCCAACAUCAGGGCAAAUGAACGUCGCCCCGGAACAAACUUUGAUUAUCGAUGGGGACGUUAUGAUGAAGAUGAUUGGUACCACGAUAAAAAUGAUAAUUCUUUGGUCACAUUCAGAGGCCAUAGGGUAAUGCGGACUCUGAUUAGAUGUCAUUUCUCUCCGCCUGGAAGUACUAAUUCAAGAUAUGUCUAUUCUGGAAGUGAAGACGGGAAAGUGUACAUAUGGAAUAUGGACGCAACGCUUGCGGGCAAAGUCGAUGUUUUCCAGGCAACGAAGAAUACAAGGCCGCCCCCACCUGGUCAAUGGCACGGGGGGUGGCAUGGAGGAUGGCGUGACGAUAUAGAUGAAGUAAAUAGUCCGAGGUGGAAAACAGUAGUUAGAGAUGCUAGUUGGCAUCCCACUGCUCCCAUGAUCGCUGCAUCUGCGUGGAACGGUUAUGGUACUGAGCAGGGCACCGUCACCACCCAUUCUUGGAAUGAGGGUGCUGAAGACGAUGAAGCCGAACCUAAAAUGGGAUUAAGGGUAAAUGCGAAGUUAGAACAUGAUUCUCACCUUUACCCAGCCCACUCAGGCCGCAACGAAAGAAUUCGAAAUCUCAACAGUCUCUUGCCGAAUGCUGAUGACGAUGAAGACGACGAUGACGAUUAG